GCGUGCCUUCAAAACUUCUCUCCGGUGAGGUCUGAUGGAUCGAUUCCAGAGAUUCCAGACCGAAUUGCCAGAACCCCUGGAAGAAAACGGAAUCGGCGGCGAGGAAGCGCCGGAAACCCUAGACGACGGCGAAGAAGGGCCCGAAGGGAAGGAAGCGCCGGAGAAUCCGACGCUGUUCAUGGGAAUGAAGGUCCGGAGAAGAGCCUCGAUCCACAGGGACUGUAAGGGGGAUUACAUCGGCAUCCCUUCCGAUCCCUUUCUUUCCAAGAUGUUGUCCAAGCAAGGUGACAACACAGUAUUGUUUGCAGAUACAGUUUUGAAGUUCACUGGAUCAGGAAAGAUGAAGAGACGCAUAUUGGUAAUUACAGAUUUUGCUGUCUAUCUUGUUGAUCCUGAUGCUGAUGUGUUAAAACGGCGGAUAGCACUUGCGGCUGUUGAUAAGCUAUGCUUGAGCGAACUGAGUGAUAAUUUUCUUGCAAUCAUCAUCCCAACUGAGUAUGACUUACUAAUGGCCAGCACUCGGAAAACAGAAAUUGUUACUAUGCUAGUUAAAGCUACCAAGAGCACAUCUGAAUAUGAACUUGAAGUGGUUUGCUCCAACAGGUUUGAGUACAAUGCUGCCGCUGAUAUGGUGAAAGAAGUUGAAUUUGAGGAAGUAGAUGGAGGUAUUAGAACAAGGUUCACGAAGAAGGAAAGCAAAUGAGAUAUUUGGGCACCUGGUUGGCAUUGUCAAAGUAGACUUUGUAGAGAACAAUCUCAUUCAUGUUCAGAGGUGGAGAUAUUCACUGCCUCUUGAGUCCUUUUUUUUUUUUUUUAGCGCAAAAUAUUUUUUGUAUUCUUUGAAUGCUUUUCUCUCUUCUUUCAGUGUUCUAUCAUUUAUGUUCGGGUAACUUCUUCGGGUCUGGUGCCCUAUUAAUGAUGUUUGGUGUGCGUGCCAUCUGUCAUUUACAUCUAUUACUUAACUGUCAGAACAUCCGCUAAUUGCAUCUAUUUAUUUGCACCAAAA